AUGGUGUGGCCGGCACGUGUAGCCAGCGCAUCCCACAACAGCGUACCGGAGAGUGAGGUUGCCAUCACUGAGAUGGAGCUCUUGGAGCAGAACCAGAGGCGUCUGGCCAGCCUGACGGGCCGAAUGACAACGAUCCUAAACGGGUUUGAUCGGCGACUUGUGAAGUUGGAAAGCAGCAUCCUGCCAAUCCACAAGAGCACCCAGACACUCUCGCGCAUUGACCACAACGUGGAAGCUGUUCAAAAAAACCUUGAAGUGAGUUUGCGCCAUUAUGGUGUGGUUGUGGACGACGAACCUGCAAUACUGCGCGGUCCUGAUCCCCGGAACCCAUGGCCGUACCUGGAGCUCAUCCAGCGUUUGUCCAAAGACGCCGCAACAAAAAAGGUAACGCAGGGAACGCAGGAGCGCGUAAAGAGCAAGAUGGACAUGCUCAUUGAGCAGGGUACGCGCAAAAUCACAGAGCUUGUGCGCGAGUAUACGGCAGCGGAAUCCAGGCCUACUGACCCGAUGGCAUUUGUGGGAACUGGCACCACUGCGCCAAUGCCCUCCAAAGAGUGCCUAACAUCCGUCAAGGCGCUACUCCAGUUCUUAUCCACGCUGCCCGAUGCCGCCAUGGGAUCCGCGAGUGGCCUCAGCGUGGCACUGCAGGCCUUCUCGGCUGUGCGCUCCGUGUACCUCACCUCCACCUUGCAAGGCUUGCAAGAGCAUGUGCUGCAAGUAGCAGCACAAAUGCAAAACACAUCUGUGCGCGCAUGUCGCGAAGCCUACGUCGAGUACCAGCGGGGUGCUGCGGCCCUGCAGGAAUGGCUGCUUGCCACGACCCGCAUGAUCCAACAAGAGCAACAAGCAAUUGCCACGCUCUUUGACGGCAUGAAGUGGGAUCAUUUACGCAGCAGCACCCUGACCAAAGUGUUGCAGCCGCUCAUAACAUCCAUGAACCAUGCGCUCCCCAUAAUACUGCCCAGGCUUCAGCAUGGACUCAAUGCACAUCGCUUUCUUGUACUGGACUUUGUGGGAGCGUGCCAGGCCGUCCUUGGCGAAGAUGUGCACAUGUGGGCCGAAUACCUUCAGCCCAGUGUGGAGAUCAAGACGUCCUUCACGUGGGCGUCAGCGACCUAUCGCAGCUAG